AUGUAGACAAAUAACUAAGAAAUUCAAAAAUAAAGCUCUUAAUCUCACCAAAGUGGUAUUGAUGCGAAUUUUAAUAAUAAUUAAUUCAAUUUUUAAGAUAUGAAAGAUAAUUUUUUUGAUAUGGACUUUAAUCAUAAUUAACCAGCAGCUCUCGGUUAAAAUUAAAAUCAGAAUUAAAACACCUAGCAAAUAGAUUUAUUAGGAGAUGAUGAUCUUUUUUGGGGUAAUAGCGGCAAUAACAACAAUUAAUAAAAUAACAAUUAGCUCUAACAGUAAUAAUAAAAUUAAAAUUAGGUUCAGCCACAAGCCUUGAAAAAUGAAUUUUAAGACUUUGAUUUUGAUUUUAUGGAAAAAAGCAUGAAUAAUAGCUAAUAAAAAAACAGUUUAAAUGAAUAAAAUGCUUAUCAGUCAUAGCAUCCACCGCUACCUCCCAAAAAGUAAAACUCUAAUAUGAAUUCGUAAAGUAACAGCUAGAAUAUUUCAAGAAACAAUAGUAUGCAUAAUAGUUAGUCAAGUUAAAAAGGAAAUAAUCUAUAUAAUAGCUAAAAUUAAGGUAAUAAAUAGCCUAUUAAUAAUUAAAUUUCUUAGAGUAGCAAUGCAUUUCAACGUAAAGACAGUCUUGGAAUAUAAAAACAAAAUAGUUAUGAGUAUCACAAUUAGUUCAAUAGCAACAACAACAAUAACAAUAAUCAAGCUUAAUUUGUAGGAUUUGAUAUGAAUUUUUAGAGUAAUCAAGCUAAUAAUUCGUUUACAAACAAUAAUUAAAUGAAAAAGAGUGGUUCAAUAAGCAAUUAAUAAAAUUAAAAUAACUUUGAUGGAUUUGAUUUUGGAUUUGGAGGUUUUGGAGACAUAAACCCUAUGGCAAACUCUUAAACUUCUUCUUAAAAUAAAGGGUAGAAUAAUUAAAAUCAAUAGCAACAGUAAUAGCAAUACAACUUGAAUUAAUUUGAUUUUGGAGAGUUUAAUAUGAAUGCUUAGGCCUAACAAAGUUAACAAGGAGGAAAUAAUGCAGGUGCUUAGAAUUAUAAUGAUUUUUAUUUUGGUAAUGACAAUAAUCAAUAAAUUAAUCAAGUAUAAGGUCAAAAUAUUGCUGAAUCCUAGUUUUAAUACAACAACCCUGAUGCAUUUAAUAGCUACAACAGUUACAAUAAUAAUAAUUUAAAUCAUGGAAGUCUUCAUAAAGAUAAAUCUUAAAAUAAAGCUUCUUUGGAUAAUUCUUAAAUUUAAGAAAAAGAUGAGAAACCUUUGACGAUUAGCUAGAAGUUAGAAUUAGGAGGAAGUGAAUUUAAUUAGCAUUAACUAAAAAUUAGCUAAGAGCAACAAUAUAAAUAAUAGUAUUAGAAUGUUGAUUUUGAUGAUAAUUUUAACAACAACAAGUUGCAAACUUCAUAACCUAACAUCUAAAUUCAAUCUGGAAAUAAUUCCAAACAAUUAUCCCACAAAUCCAGUGGAAGUAGUCAGCAUUAGCAAGAAUAGCAGUAAAAAUAGAAAUAAUAAUUUGAUCUUGGAAGUAAUUUUUUUGGGUCAGGAAUAAAUAAUCCUAUGAUUUCAAGUGUUGGAAGUGAGUAGAGCAACAAGAAAAACUAAUAAUAAGAUUGGAAUUUUUAAGCCAAUAAAAAUAACAACGCAAAUUUUUUUGACACAAACUUUGAUUUUACAUAAAAUAAUAAUAACAAUAGAGAUGAAGCAGCUUAGCUCUCAAAAAAACAUUCUUAACACAGCAAUUCCAAUUUCUAAGAUGUUCAUAACAAUUAAUUUAAUAAUAGCAAUAAUUUUGGAUAAAAUAAUGAUUUUGCAAACAACAACUGGUCUGGAAACAAUUAAACUCAAAAUAAGCAAAAUUUGCUUGAUGAAAAUUUCAAUUUUAACACAGCAAAUUCUUAGAAAAAUCACUAAGAAGAAGAUAACAAAGUUUAAUUUUGGAUGCAGUAAAAAGUUCAGCAAUAGAUUUUUGGAAAUUAGAAUGAACCCAAUCUAAACUCGGUAACUAAGAAUAGUAGUAUUGAUAAAUCUCACAAUAUGUCUACAAGUAAAAAAAAUAAUAACAACAAAGAUGCCUUUGGAUUAGAUGAUUUUGGAGAAAUUUCUGAAGCAACUGGUGGAGAAGAUUCAAAAAUAGAAGCUCAAAAAUAUGGUUUUGAUUACGACUAAAAAACAAAUGAAAAAGAUCAACAAAUAGCUAACGAUAGUAGAAGAUCUGAUGAUUUCGAUGAUCUCUUGCCUUCCGAAAUAGACUUAGUUAAACAAAAUAAAAGGAAACUUCAAAUGGAAUAGAAUUUAAGAGACUAACAAUAAGAUUAUCAUGAAUAGUAGCAAUUUUAAAAUAUUUAAGAAAACAAAAAUCAAAAUUUAGAAAACAAACAAGUGCAGGAUGGUAACUAAGAAUUGGCCAUACAUAAAUAGGUCUUGAAAGCGAAAUAGUAGGCGUUAGCUGAAUAAAUUAAUUAUGCCCAAAUAUAACAUGACAAUUCUAAAAUUAAUCAUAUGCCUGGAAUAAGACCUUUUUCACCUCUAUAACAUACUUAGAGCACAAAUUUAAGUAAUAAAAGGAGAUCAAGUAUAGAAGAGUAUGCUUUAAAAAAAUAAAUGGAAAACUAAAUCAAUAUUUUAAAACCAUUUGACUUUGAAGCUUAAAAGCAGAAAAAUGAUCAAAGGCGUCAUUCUGAAGGUUAGGCCAUUUUAUCGUAAUAAAUUUAGAGGUUACAAUAAAAUUUAAACUUAGGAACAAUAAAUGAAGAAGAACUUCAAGCUGGCGAUAAUCAACUUUAAAAGAAAGGCAUCCCUCUCUAUUAAGGAAAAGGAGAUCACAUACCAAACGUCAACCUAAUUCUUCCAAGCAUUAAAGGGUAAAAAGAAUAAGUUGCUGCUUUUUAAGAGGAACAAAUUGGAAAUCCCUUACAUUCUAAGUCAUCUGUGUCUUAAGAUGACGAAGAUGACUACCUUGAUAGUCCGGAACUCAAGUAGAAAUCUCAAAAAAAUCAAUCUAACAAUUUGCAAACUUAAAAUAAUGAACAUACUAAUCCCUCCAAUCCAUAGAUAAUUCUUGCAGAAAGUGACAUAAUUCCAUAUCCUGACGAGAAUGGGCAAGACAAUAAUUAAAAUAAUGAUUUUCUUGGCAUUCACAAAAAUUAGAAUAUCCUCGAAAGUGAAGUGAUUAAACCCCAACAUAAAAAUUCACUUUCGCCGAGAAGCAAUAUAGGAAAUAAUAGAUAAAUUUUACAGUCAGAGUAUUUAAUUGAUAAACAAGUUGCUAAUUAAUAAUUAAAUACUAAUUUCAAGCCUACCUUAACUGAGAGUUAUGUAGAAAUUGAUCAUACUAAAGAUGACAACAGGUUUGUUAAUAUGUAAAAUUAUACAAUAUAGAAUUUUGUGAAAAGUGAAAAUGUGUUACCAAGCAGUGAUGAUGAAGCUUAACAAACUUAACAAAAAGUUGGGACUACGGUAUCAAAUAGAGAGAGUUUGGAGAAAUCAGUUGAGUAGACAAUUGAGGAAAUUAAAUUUGACAUAGAUGAUUUCCCAAUGCUUGAAAAUUAACUGAAUACUAAAGGCUAAUUUACAUCUAAAGAAUAAUAAAAUUUAAUUAAAAGAUAGCUUUCAAUCAUUAAUGAGGAGUUUGAGUAAGUAGAAGAUCCUGAUCAAAACAUGUCUCAAGCCAACCAAGAAAAACUUUAUGAACAAAGAUUAGAAUAAAUUAAAUCUGAUUAAAUAGCAAUCCACAAUCAGCUAGCAGAAAUUAAGAAUUAAACUAUUUUAUAUGAAGAGGAAUUUAAAAAGAAUACUAAUGCCAAAGAAGAUGACCUUGAAAGGAUUAAAAACUAGUUAAAAGCAAUGCAAUAAAAUUAAUAAAAAAUAAAGAGCUUAAAGGACAGAUAUAAGUAGAAUCUUCAAUUUAUUAUGCUUAUUGAGUAUAAAAAAGCAGCCUUAUCUGUGGAAAAAAUGUAAGCAGAAAUAUCUAAGUUGUAAGAAAAUUCAAAUAAAUCAAGCUCACUCCAAGGCAGCUAAAAGUAGAUGGGUUCCUCUUCAGAAGCAUAAAAUUCAAGUUUGAUCGAGAGUCUAAAAAAAGAAAUCUAAGAUUUAAAAUAGCAAAUGAAUUCUUAAUACUACCCAAAAUCUUAAAUAUCUCGCUAAGAUUCUCAGGAUCAAAAAAGGAAAUAUUCUGAGAAUGAAAUUGCUAUAAUUGAAGAUUUAAGAAUAUAAAUGAAUAAACUAAAAUCCGAUUUCGAAAGUAAAUACAACGAGUAGUCCAGUAAUCUGUCAGCAGAAAAUAAAAGCACAAUGAUAGAAUUCAUGGAAAAGUUAUCAUAAAUAGAAAAAAAUAUUAUAGACCAAAAGGAGGAAAUUCAAAGGCUAGCUUCUAGUUAAAAUGAUAUCCAAAAGUAAUUUAUGAGCAUAAGUCGCACGAGCAACUAAUAUUUCUCCCCUUUAAGCUAAGAUCGUCAAUUCAACUAAAAUAACGAAGAUAGAAAGUAUGGUCAAGAAACUCAUUAUUAAGAAAAUCCAUAAAUAAGCCUAAUAAAAAAUGAUAGCUAGAGUGAGCAAGGAGAAGCUGAAUUAUUCCCUAGGAACGAAUUUAUAGAUAAAACUGAAUAGGAACAAUCUUAGAAUUUUAAGUAAAACCCUAUAUUUGACGAGAACGAAUAUAAAUCAGUAAGAGGAAGAUAUAAUAAUCAGGAAGAUGGAGUCAAUUUUUUGACCCCUUCUAAAUCUUCUCCUGGCAUGAUGGAGUAUUCUCCUAUUAUUUCUUAAGACUAAUAAAUAAAUCAUCAUGAUUAUCGCUCCACUGUAGGUCCAAGAUAAUAAUUUUAUUCUCAGUAAUAAUAUUAAACAAAUGAAAAUACUGCUAAAUAUUUUUACUAAGGAGACAAAAAUAAUUAACUGAAUUAUAGCACAAAUAAUAGAGAAUAAAAUCAAUACAAUCCUGACUAAGUUAACCCAUAAUAAAUUAAUUAAGAUGAAAAUCAAAUGAAUAACUCUAUGCUUAAAAACUUAUAUGAAAGGACAGCUUCUCAUACUUUACUUUAUGAAUAGAACUAACAUUUAAAAAGUAUUUAUUAAGAUCCUUAUGUGCUCAUGAAAGCUUUUGAAGCUUAAAAGGUAUCUUAAUUAUAAUUUUCAAAAGUAUAGACUCCUUACGAUGUCUAUGGGUCUUUCCAAAAUAAUAGGAUAUAACAAAGACUGAGGGAUUCUGUUUACAGUGGUACGUCUUAAAUUUUCAAUGAAGCUAUAAACUUCUCUAUAAACUCGUAUAAAGUUAACUAUGUUGCUUCUAAUUACAACAUGGGAGUAAAAAAUAUAGAAAAAUCUUAAUUUACAAAUUAAAUGCUUUCAGAACAUGAUAGAUAUUAUGAUCCUUUGAUCGAACUCGCAUAAAAGUAACUAGGAAAGGAAUACUUCCCAAAUAAUGAAUGGUUUGAGAAAAAUAUUAAAUAGUUUGUCAAUAGAGUAAAUAUAGAGAAAAGAGUGCUCAAAGAUUCAAUUGUAAACUAGAAUUGUGUUAUCCUUGAAACAUUUGAUUUGCAAGUUUCUGCUAAAUAUUCUAUUGUUAAAACAACAAAUAGCUCUGGUAAACCAGAUCCUCGCUACCCAUCUUAGAUUCUGAAAAUCUAGCUCACCUAUACGAAUAAACUAGGAAUGAACAUAAAUAAUCUUUUAAUAGUUUUAGCAUCUGCGAAAGGCUAUGAAACAGUUUUAGCAGACCCUCCUAAAAUCAUCCAAAAUUAAUUAAAAGCUUACGAAACAAUAUACUAAGACGUCUAUCUUCCUAAUUACAGACCUAAUUCCUAAAUGUUGAUUUCUUAGUUUUCUUAUAGCACGGGUUUUAAACAAUCUAGGGUGAGCGCUUUAAUACCAAGCACUCCAAACAAAUUCAUGGAUUUUAUUUUUAUCAACAAAGAAUAAUUUAACCAAAUGUGGGCUGAAAGUAAAGAUACCAUGAUCUAUUGUUCACCAGUUUACUUGAAUACCCACAUAAUCCAAUCAUGUGAAGAUUUCAAAACAAUUUAUCCUCUUUUAAUAGAAAUUGUAGAAGCCUUCGAAUAAUAUAAAUAGUCUUGGAGAGAAUUUGGAGGUUCAUUUACCAUACUAAAUGACCCUUACCCGAAUACUACUUAUCUUCUUAAAAUUUGUUUCUCAUAAGAUUAAAGAGUUUACUUCUAAUUUAGUAGUGUUGGGCAAGACCAAGUCUAAUCUUUCAACAUUAAAAAAGUACUCUAAAGCAUACUUGAUUUAUUUUACUUCUUAUAUUGUGAGUGA